ACGGAAUAAUAAUAAGAUAAAAUAAUUAAUUAUUCAAUAUUCGCCUCCCAUAAAUAACACAAAAACCCAACUCAUAAUUCAAAAGCCACGGCCCCUGAUCUCUCUGUCCCUCUCAUUUCCUCUACAUCCUCUGAACAUUUUCUGGUGGCUUCUCGCCAUUAACUUUGCCCUAAUUCUCAUCAAUGUCUGAGUUUUGGGAUUAGGGCUUGUGUUUUGAUUGCUGGAUCUUUGGUCUGAUUGAUUUGAAUUAGGGUUUUUUGGUCGGAUGUGUUAUGCUCUCUGUGGGGGGAGAUCAGGGCUCUGGUUUUUUGGAACUGGAGAUGUCAUUUAUUGAUCUUAAUUGGGAGAAUUAGGAGUUCUUUCUUUGGAGCUUUGGUUUCAGGAAUGAAGGCCCCCCAACUGUGGUCGUUGUCAAGGUACAAUUGAGGGGCCUAUUUGUAACCUGCAGGAGAAGUUGGAAGGAACUGAGCAAGUUUUGAAAGAUACACUCGUGUAUAAAUGGCAUCGCAUGGGUGGGUAAUGAUUAUGCUAGAUUCCUCAUUUAUUAUCCAUCUUCACGGCAAUUCUUGUAAAAAUACAUCUGAGUCUUCCCGUGAUUUUGAUCUGUUUUGGAAGUCUUUUCUAUUAGGCAGAGAUGCAGAAGACUGGGUCUCUCUCCAAAAAUGUCAAUCCCUUGAGAGUGUUGUCUCAUAAGUCUCGUCAUUCGGGUAGUAGAUCUCCUCAAUUGGCAGUUGGGCAUUCAUCCCCAACUGUGUUUCCAGAAAGACGUGGCAGGGUGAAGUCUUCAAAAUCGAUUGAGGCAAACAUAGUAAAUGAAGAACCUGAAAAUCUUAAGGUCCAAGAGCAUAGGAUUGACAUAGGGGACGAAAAAUCUGACUUAUUAGGUGAUGUGGUGUUUUCUGGAAAACUCAUUCUUGACAAGAAAUCUUCCUGUUCAACUGCUGAUGUCCAAACUUCAGAGGAAGGCACCAAAAAAGAUGGGGUUGAUGCAACACUUACAAGCAAAGCGUUGGUCUGGGGGUCUCACACGUUGUAUCUUGCGGAUGUAAUUUCUGUCUCUUAUAGUGAUGGAGUGAGACAUUUCACCGUGCAUUCGUAUCCCUUGAAAAGGAUACCAUGUGUUCUUGCAUGCAUUAUGAAGCCUCAAAGAAUUCGGAAAGACUACCGAUUUUUGGCUUCUAAUCCAGAUGAAGCCCUUAGUUGGGUUGCCCAAUUUGCAAAUCAACAGUGCUUUGUUAAUUGUUCACCACAUCCCUUAAUGGCUUCCAAGAGGCAUGGAUCGAACAUAAUUGGGAGCGAUUUUCCACUUGAGCAACCUAUAAAAUGCAAAACCCCACCAACAGUUCUUGUGAUACUAAAUCCACGGUCUGGGCGUGGCCGUUCCAGUAAAGUUUUUCGCCACGAGGUGGAACCAAUAUUCAAGCUUGCAGGUUUCAGGAUGGAAGUGGUUGAAACCCAAUCAGCAGGUCAUGCACAAACUCUGGCAUCUACUGCCGAUUUCAGUAAAUUUCCUGAUGGAAUUAUAUGUGUCGGGGGUGAUGGAAUUGUGAAUGAGGUUCUUAAUGGUUUACUUGGUAGACGUGACCAAAAAGAAGGUAUUUCAAUUCCAAUUGGUAUUAUUCCUGCUGGAUCAGAUAACUCACUUGUUUGGACCGUUUUGGGAGUUAGAGAUCCUGUGUCUGCUGCAAUAGCAAUUGUGAAGGGUGGCCUUACAGCGACAGAUGUUUUUGCUGUUGAGUGGAUACAGAGUGGUGUUAUUCACUUUGGCAUGACGGUUUCAUAUUAUGGUUUUGUGAGUGAUGUCUUGGAGCUCUCUGAAAAGUACCAGAAACGUUUCGGUCCUCUCCGCUACUUUGUUGCAGGAUUCCUCAAAUUGUUAUGCUUGCCAAAGUACAGUUUCGAGGUUGAAUAUCUUCCUGUUUCGAAGCCAGAUUCUGACCUUGAAGGAAGAGAUCCGGCGAUGUCUGGGAGUGGUGAUAACUCUAAUGAAGGCCCUGACUCCACCAAGAAAAGUAAGGAUGGAGGUAUCCCAAGAGCCUCGAGCUUGUCAAGCAUUGAUUCGAUUCUUACCCCAAGCCGAAUGUCUGGAGACUUAGACACUGUAACUUGUAGCACUCUUGCAAGCAGUGAGCCUUCUGACUAUGUUCGUGGCCUUGACCCAAAAUCGAAACGUCAAUCCUUUGGUAAAAGCAAUGUAGUGGCUGAACCGGAAGAAGUUAUACACCCCCAAUUGCCCUUAUCCACAACCCCCAAUUGGCCGAGAACAAGAUCAAAAUCAAGAACUGAUAAGGUAUGGACAGGUUUAACCACUGCCAAUGAGACUAGAUGUUCUUGGGGUAAUGCAGCAAUGAAUGACAAGGAAGAUAACUCAUCGACAGUGUCGGAUCCUGGACCCAAUUGGGAUACUGAACCAAAAUGGGACACUGAGCCCAAAUGGGACACUGAACCCAAGUGGGAUGCUGAGCCAAAGUGGGACACAGAGCCCAAUUGGUCUGCAGGGAAUCCUUUUCAGUUAACUGAGGAGGAUUUAGAGAUGGGAGUGAAGGAUGAGGUGCCUAAGUUUGAGGAGAAAUGGGUUUCUCAAAAGGGGAGAUUUCUUGGGGUUUUGGUAUGUAACCAUGCUUGUAAAACUGUGCAAAAUUUGAGCUCACAGGUGCUUGCGCCAAGUGCUGAACAUGAUGACAACACUUUGGACUUGUUAUUGGUACGUGGGAGUGGCAGGCUUAGAUUGUUGAGGUUUUUCCUGCGCAUGCAAUUUGGAACGCAUCUUUCCCUGCCCUUUGUGGAAUAUGUCAAGGUUAAGUCGGUGAAGCUCAUACCAUGCAAGAACACCCAUGGUGGGUGUGGUAUCGAUGGCGAGCUUCAUAUGGUUGGUGGUCAGGUGGUUGUUUCAUUACUUCCGGAACAAUGCAGACUUAUUGGCCGCCCUGCCCGUGACCGUGUAUAGCUAAUCUCUCCCUCUCUCCAAAGUGGGUUGGGGUGCUUUUUUGAGUUGUUUGCUUUGAUUCCACUAUGAACAACACUACAUGUUAUGGACGUGGAAUUUCUAGAGCAUGCGCAUUCAAAGAAGCAGCCCUGUUUCAUCCCAUAUCUUAACCCUCUGCUUUGGUCAUUUUCCUUCUCUGAUUUUCCUGUAAAUUUACGCGGCUGCAUGGCUUUUGAGUGCUUAAUCUUUUAUUUUAUUUUACUUUUGUUCCAGUCUUGCUUUCUUUUUGGCCUUUCUUCAGUUUUAUCUAGCCCCGCUGUUAUCACCCUAUUGGGAGUGAAUUCCUUUCUGCAUGUUGGUUUUGUCCCUAUCAAUUCUUUUCUAACUUAUCUUGUAAAGCAGUGUGGUGUGCGUUGUAUUUGAUGUUUCAGUGAUCCAUCUUCUGCUAUGUUUCUGUUUCCACGGGAUUCACAUUAUUCUUGUUGUUAUAUAGUGAUGAGAUGUCGGCUGCGCUGUACUUGAGACUGGAUAUUGAGCACCUUUCUUUAGGGAAAUACACGAUUCUUUGAUUA